UCGCAGUCAAAAUGUGUUGUGAUAUGCAAUCUUGUCGAUGAUAAAUUAUCUCUUCAGUGUAGAUGUUUUUUGGUGAGUUUUAAUAUCAAAAAAUGAUAAAACCUCUUCAGUCGAGAAGAAAGUUUGCCCAAGAUCUACAGUUUUGUUGAAAUUAUCAUGUUUUACACAAACAGGAUAUGACAUCUAUCCACACCCACUUGCAAAAUCAAUUACAUAUUAAGGUGCCAGCUGUGUAGGAAGUGUGCCAGUAGAAUGGGCAAACUCUUGUCAAAAAUCUUUGGCAACAAGGAGAUGCGCAUUCUUAUGCUGGGGCUGGAUGCUGCCGGAAAGACCACUAUAUUGUAUAAACUCAAAUUCGGUCAGUCUGUGACUACUAUUCCUACAGUAGGAUUUAACGUUGAAACUGUUACGUACAAAAACGUUAAAUUUAACGUGUGGGAUGUGGGUGGGCAGGACAAAAUACGUCCUUUAUGGCGUCAUUACUAUACAGGAACGCAAGGAUUAAUAUUUGUAGUUGAUUGUGCGGAUAGAGAUCGAAUUGACGAGGCCCGUCAGGAGCUUCAUCGAAUAAUAAAUGACAGAGAAAUGCGCGAUGCCAUUAUUCUAAUUUUUGCCAAUAAACAAGAUGUUCCAGGCGCGAUGAAGCCUCAUGAGAUCCAGGAAAAAUUAGGGUUAACAAGAAUAAGAGAUAGAAAUUGGUACGUUCAACCAUCCUGUGCUACAACAGGUGAUGGACUAUAUGAAGGCCUUACGUGGUUGACUAGCAAUCAUAAAUUAUGAACAAAUAGUUAGUCACGUUUUCCUGAUUUCAAAGCAGGGAUUACACGCCUGCCUCGUGUGUUUUUUUUAACAUUAUUGUUAUACGCAGAGGCUCCAAAAAAAAAAAAACAGAAAAA